GCUGACCAGCGAACACCAAUGAAUGACCGUCGAUAAUGGAGCUACUUCACAUCCAUCUCACAUUGAUGGCUUUCAUCACCUUCUUCAACAGCGCGACCAGCGACUACGACUGUCCGAAAUUCUGCACGUGCAAAUGGAAAAACGGGAAACAAACCGUAGAGUGCAUCGGCCGGGACCUCGAAGAAGUUCCAGACCAUCUCGAUCCCGCCACACAAGUUCUGGAUUUCACCGGCAAUAAACUCCAAGUACUUCGCAACGAACUCUUCGCCGGUAAGAAAAUAGUGAACCUCCAGCGCAUCUUUUUAUCCCGCUGCUCCAUUUCCACAAUUGAGGACCACGCUUUCAAAGAUUUAACGAACCUGGUCGAGCUGGACCUGUCUGAGAACCAUCUCGGAGCGAUCCCAACGCCGAUAUUCGCCGACAUCCCGUCCCUAAUGCGCCUGAGUAUGAAGCUGAAUCGAAUAAGAAAACUGGAAAAGAAUGCUUUCAAUCACUUGGCUUACUUGACCACUCUGGAGCUGAGCCAAUGUGAGCUGUCCGACAUACACGAGAAAGCAUUCGAGGGUCUUCAUGGUCUCGAAUGGCUGCAUUUGGAUGGGAAUAAACUCUCGUACAUUAAAGGAGAGCGUACUCUUCCUGAAACCGUGAAAGGCGUGGAUCUUUACAAUAACCCUUGGGAAUGCGACUGCCACAUAGCCGAUUUCCAUAUGUGGCUGGAGAGUUUCAGAGUGCCCCUUUCAGUCGAACCGGUUUGCGCUGGUCCACCCAGGCUGGAAGGACGUGUCAUCAAGUCGGUGAAGAGUUCGGAUUUGGCGUGUCUUCCUGAUAUCUCACCGACUACUUUUUUUUUGGAACUGAGUGAGGGUAAAAACGUUUCUUUGGUAUGCAACGUGAACGCCAUACCUGAAGCCAAAAUAUCAUGGUGGUUUCAUGGGCAAAUACUGCAAAAUAACUCGAUGGUAGCUCCUGGUCUUCACUUGGUUUACUUUGUUGAAGAGGGUACGGAGAAUAAACGGAGUGAAUUGUAUUUGUUCAACACAAACGUGAACGAUAACGGAACGUUCAUAUGCAAUGCGGAAAAUGCUGCUGGUAAAUCCCAGGCUAAUUUCACGAUAAGGGUGAUACUGAAGAAGGAGCCGAUAGUGAUAAUUGUUUCAUUAAAGUUUGAGUAUUUGGUGGCGAUUGUUAUUGGAAUCGCGGCUGCUGUAUCAAUAUCCAUAUUGAUCAUCCUACUGCUUACAUUGAAAUGUUUGCGAAACCGUAGGCGGAGACAGAAGGUGAAAUCGGAUACGUCGAGCUCUGCGGAUCAAAAUAAUACCGUGAAAAUUAUACCCGACACAAUGGAAAUAUCGACGAUGUAUUCAGCGAAGGUAAAUAAUACUUCGACGUCGACAUGUCUGGAUAAUGUAACAAUACACGCACAGUGCCAACGUAAGCCGAUAUACCGGCAAAUAUCGCUGAAUCCCGUGAGGAGUCCUUCGUCCCUCAUUAGAUACCAGCUGAAACAGAACCCCGACAUCAUCAACGGGGCUCAAAUGAUGGAAUUCAGGGAGAACGGCGACGGUGAAGACGGCCACAUCCGCCGGUUUUCAGGCAGCGAUCAUGGCAGUCUUAGCGUGCGAUCCGCGGAUUCCGUUAAGGUGAUGGACGAAGCGGCCCGUCGUUCUCUGGAUUCCGAGGGAUAUCCCAGCGAUUUCGGUCUGCCAAGGAUUCCGCGUCGGGUUAACGAGAAUUUUUAUCGCACCCUGCCCAAUAACCGGAUGAAAUAUCAUUCUGCGGCUAAUCCGGCGGCGCGGUUCUCUCGCGAAGCCGAAUUUCUGUCGCGCUCGACGCAGGCGACGUCUUACGACCAUUUCCAGGCCGAUAUCCGGUACACGGCCGACGGGUAUCCGGUGCGGAUUGAUAAAUACGACUCUUUGUCAUCUUCGCCCCCGGAAAGUUUCAGGAGCGAGUCCGCCGUGCCGAGAAUGUCGGUUUGUUGCAGGUCCGUACAGCCGGACGAUUUGCAUGUGGUGAAAGUGUCUGCGGUGGAAAAACGAUGCGCCAGUGCUCAGACUGAUGGUGGCGAGGAUAAUUUAGAGAACGAUAAGGAAGAGGGCGAUUCAGCGGUCGGUAACGAGCAUGAAAGUGUCCUCACUCCAAGCCCUGACGAAGGUUAUGGCGGAGAACCUUCCGUCGUUUAACUAAAUUGAAUCUUCUCGCGGAGAUAACGAACUGCCUAUUUUAUGCUCAAAGAUUAUCAUGAACAUUUCUUUUCUAAUCUAACGAGCAGCGAGGAAAGCAAUGAUGGUUCUUUAAGUAUCAAGUUUCAGUAUGGAGUUGAUUAGCUGAAGAAUAAUGAGAUGAUUAUGUGAAAUCUUAUAUCUGCAAAGAACAUUUUUCACUGAUGUUGAUCCGGGAAAAAGUUCGAACCAAGCUGAAAAUCACCAACAUAACAAUCUCGCCAUAACAAGUGAAACUAAAAACUCCCCAUCGAACUUGUAUUCAAAUUAUUUCGGAGACAGGGUCCAUUUUCAAGUUAAAAUCAAUACCUUCAGUAUGAGUCAUUUGAAAAGACAUAAAUUUCGUAUUCAAGUUUCUUCA